AUGCGUAUGUAUGUGCGUGCAUGCGUCGUGCGUGCGUGUAUAUGGAGUGGCGAGUAUCGGAGCAGCGUGAAAAAGUGGAGGAAGUAUGGAGAUUAUUUUCUGACAUACAUGAAAGGCUGAGGGAGCAUUAAAUCACCACCACGAGGCGGAUGACGUGGCUUCGCGGUACGCCCAACCGAUCGCGAUCAUCGGCCAGUCGGUUCACGCAUCCUUCGAUGCGUUUUCGUGCGAGGUGGUGCGUGCUGCGAAAUAAAUCGCAUUGCGAUGCAUCGUUGCGAAACCCUGUGAUCAAUGGGCACCGUUUGUCCGACACUCCAUUUAACGGCAAACAUCGAUAUGCCAUUUCGUGCGCGCUAAUUAGAAAGAUAAUGAGACCGAAAAGUUUCGAUUUGGAAACGUUACGCGGACAGAAACUUUCCAACGGUGAAAUCUAGCGAUUUCUAAUGAAUCUCGAAUGGGAGAUCUAUCAAUUAUUGAAAGAAGAAAAAAUUAUUAUCUGUGAUCACUCCAAGUUUUUAAUUUUAUUGCGCGAUAAGGUUAUCUAGGCAUGAGCAUAAUAUCAUCUGCAUGAGUUUUCUCUUUUAAAUGAUUCUAUUGUUGACCGAGUAAAUACAUUAUUACUAAUUUAUAAUUGCUUUUGAGGGAACACGAAUGAUAUUGUAAAUAAAAUGUAUAUCUUCAAGUCAAAUCUGCAGAUUAUGAUGUCAUGUAUCAGUAUUUUAUCAUAUGUUUCACAAGUACAGGCAGAAGGUAUCUCGUGUUUUAGGUGUUUCAUGACACUGUCAGAUCCAGAUGAUACGGAUCUGCAUUGUUCUCACUUUGAUGGAAGUGCCAAAUUCCAGGUAUUCUGUCCAACUUCGACACUUUGUAUGAAGAGAACUGUUCAAUACAAGUCUAAAACAUCUGUAGUGACCACCGUUCAACGAGAUUGCGCGUCACAAAAAUAUAUUUCUCACACUUACAAUGAUGUUGAUAAGCAGUGGUAUAAAAAAGAGGAAGUCAUAACGUCCGCUUACGAUGAAGGUUGUUUCAUUGGAGAACACAGGGGCGGAUCAACUAGUCCGCCCGAAUACUGUUUUUGUAGUUUUCAUUUGUGCAAUUCAUCCCCCCCACAGAUUGGAAUAUUUAACAAAGUGUAUGGGACAAUAUUAAUGAUGCUAAUUAUAAAAUUGUUGUAAAACUUUUACAGUUUAUGGCACAUAAUAUGUUACUUAAAACAAAGUGCAAUUUGUGAAAAAAUUUCAUGCAUAAGAUAAAUGAUCUCCUGAUGAGAGAAUAUAGAGAGCUUAAUAAUUUAUAAAUGUUAUAUCAUGCAACAAAAAUAUACAUAAAAAUA